AUGUCGCGUGACGGGAAACCGGCAGUUAGGCUUAUGCGACCCGGUGUUGUUGUCUUAGUUUUGGCAGGACGUUACGCAGGCAGGAAAGCAAUCGUUAUUAAAAGCUAUGAUGAGGGUUCAGGAGAGAAACCUUAUGGGCACGCUUUGGUUGUCGGGAUUGACAGAUAUCCGCGACGCAUCCUCAGAAGAAUGGGGAAGAAACGGAUGGAAAGCCGUUGUAAAAUCAAGCCUUUCGUGAAAGUCGUGAAUUACAACCAUUUGAUGCCUACAAGGCAUUCAGUGAAUAUUGUUUUUGACACCAAGAUUAUCAAUAAGAAUUCAUUGGGGGACAAGUCAUUACGAAAGAAGGCUAAAUUAGAGGCCAAGCUUAAACUACAGCAAAGGUACAAAUCAAAUGAAAAUCCUUGGUUUUUCCACAAACUACGUUUCUAA